AGAGUGAAAAGAAAUUCUGCCGCCACUCCAACUCCACCUCCUGUGAAACAAUUAGAUUAUAGCACGGAACAGUCAGGUCGAAGUCCAGAGGACAACCCUCAUGCUGACUCCAACUCCAUUUCAGAAUUCCGGUUGGCCAGGGCUUCAGUCAUCCCAGCUCCAUCCAUAAAAUUGGUGUGGCUUCAUGAAUGGUGGCUUACGAAAGCCGAAGGCAAGGGCUUAGGCAUUGCAGGAUUUGAGAACAGAGGGAGAGUGGGCAUUAGAAUCUUCCACUCUGGAGCAAUUGCAAAGAGAGUUGAUGUUACCACUUUACAGACUGCAGAUGGCAUCACCGUAAAACUCAGUGGGCUUAUAAACAGGAAUCGCACACAUGACAAUGGCUUUCCAUUCCAGGUUUGCCAUCAUUUUCUGUUUGGAUUUCCAUACUACUGGAAAGACUACACUUCGCAACUCUGUCCAGCGAAACCCAUGUCCUUGGACAGUAGCAAAUCAUUGGAUGAUAUCCCUGUGUCUCGGCUACGUGAUCAUCUUAUGUCUCCUUCCGGAGGUUCCGAAAGGAAUAUUUUGGAUCAUGUAUUGUCCACAUUAAGCGGGAAGGCCUCCAACAUUACUUCAGGCAUGAAUAGAAGUCGAAGUCCUGUCACAAUUGUAAGACGAGAAGGCUUAAGGAGCCAGCCGGAGGCUACAGUUCCUACAAGGGGUGUGGCUACCAGAAGCAUGACGAGAUUGGAGUCUCUUUCUAAGAAAUCAAAAUAGUAACUUCAACAAUAAUAAUGAUAGUUAUUUAUUUUUUUACUAUCUACUUUUAGUUUUAAAUCUUCUCCCUGUAUUUUUUGUGGUCUGGGAUUAGAACGGACUGAAGUUUUUUUAAUCUCCUAGUCUAAUUUUGUUUAUUCAGUUGGGUUAAAUUCAUAUUUGAGGAAAGUAACAGCAAUUGAUCGAAUUUGGGUUGGAUUUCAGCCAAUCUAAACCAUAAUUUUAGACAAGUA